UUUGACGCACCCGGAGUGAUUUGACUGCGGACACGACAAGCCCGGGCGCUCAUGGGAGGUCGAGUUCUUGUAUCUCUCUCAACGCGUUCAAAUAAAUGUUUUAAAAUUAUAGUCGUCCUAACAAAAACGCAUUUACGUGGAGGUAAAGUGCACUAUCUGAAUACCAGGUUUUAACUUUAGCAAUGACGUUGUUUGUUUGUGAGAAUUAACGUCUGGCAAAGCGGAACCGUUAAGCUUUUUAACGUUUUAAGACGGUACGGUUGUGUGAAGGGACCGUGUGUUCCCCAGCUGAGCCAUCUCGACAAAAGAUCAUGAGCAAAGACUCCCAGAUGAGGGUUGCAAUAAACCAGAAGCUGAUAGAAAUGGGGGAACGGGAGCGGUUGAAAGAAUUGCUCAGGGCAAAGCUGGUGGAGUGUGGAUGGAAGGAUCAGCUGAAAGCUCACUGCAAAGAUGUGAUCAAAGAAAAGGGUCUGGAGCAUGUCACAGUGGAGGACCUGGUCACAGAAGUCACACCAAAAGGCAGAGCACUUGUGCCAGACAGUGUGAAGAAAGAGCUCCUGCAGAGAAUCCGAGCUUUUCUAGCUCAACACGCAACCUUGUGA